AUGGCGUCGUUCGGAAAUUUCUCGAUUUUGUGCGUUUUAUUUAUCUCUAAUUUCCGCGUAAUCCUAGGAGAAUGGAAUACGCGUGAUUACAUGAAAAGAGAACAUAGUCUAAUCAAACCAUAUCAAGGUUCAGGAUUGAAUAUUCCACUGUGGGAUUUCAGUGGUAGCACAAUGGUAACGAACAGUUUUGUGAGGUUGACUCCAGACAGGCAGAGCAAACAGGGAGGUCUCUGGAAUAGUAUGCCAUGUCAUGUUCGAGACUGGGAGUUGCAUGUCCAUUUCAAGGUGUGGGGACAAGGAACGGAUCUUUUCGGUGACGGUAUGGCAAUAUGGUAUUCCAAAGAACGCAUGAACUUAGGUCCAGUGUUCGGAAACAAGAAUGGAUUUACAGGCCUAGGUAUUUUCCUUGAUACCUACAGCAAUCAUAAUGGACCGCAUAAUCAUGGACAUCCAUACAUAUCUGCCAUGGUCAGCAACGGUAGUCUCCACUACGAUCACGACCGAGAUGGCACGCACACAGAACUCGCUGGAUGUGAAUCGCAAAUAAGAAAUAAAGAUCACGAUACGUUAAUUGCCAUCAGAUACACCGGGAAUACACUUACUGUGUCCACAGAUAUCGACGGCAAAGCAGCCUGGAAAAAAUGUUUUGAAACAAAAGGGGUUCAUCUCCCGACUGGUUUUUAUUUCGGAGCUUCCGCAGCAACUGGGCAAUUAGCAGAUAACCAUGAUAUAAUUUCUAUGAAACUUUAUGAACUCACAGUUGAUCAUGCAGCUGAUGAUAAAACCGAUUAUUCAAAAAUAGAGCCAAGUGCAGAGUUCUUUGCAUCACCUCGAGAUCAUGUGAAAGAUACACAAGACCACGUCGUGGAUCCAAAAGGCGGCUUCAUGAGCGGUAGUAUGUCAGGAUGGAAACUGUUAGUGAUAAUCAUAGUAGGAAUCAUCGGUCUUGGAAUAUGUGCCAUGGUCGGGUUCAUCAUUUAUACAAACAGGCAGGAGCAUCAACGAAAACGGUUUUAUUAGGACUAUUAGGAAAGAUUUUAUGAGGUUUCUGAAAAGCUAGCACAAAGGUUUGUCUUCUUCGAGGUUGAUAAGUCAGCUGUCUGUUGUCGGUGCUCUAAAACAUUCACACAACCAAUACCUUCAUGGAGGUGUCCAUUUUUACUUCGAAACACCUCAAACUUGAUAUAUUUAGGCAUAAUCCACCGUGAAUCAACUUUUGAUAUAUUCUAUACCAACCCAAGAGGUUAUAGUUGUCUCACCAAAACCUUGAAAUGUAGCAACAUUUUUGACAGCACUGAUUUGUUCAAGUUCUAAUCCAGCUUUGUCUGGUUGGAGAAAAAUUUCAAUUCAGAUAUUUACAGUGAACUGUUAUUUAUACAGGCCUGGUCAUGGACCAGAUCAUUGAAUGAACUAACCAUUGUUGCAGAUUUUACUUGAGGACAAGACUGGAUUGUCAUUUUCACAUACUUUGAACACCGUACGAGACACUGUUGACUUGGCUCUUCUUGAACCAAGAAUUCAUGUCACUGUUGAGCUGCCUCUCAGAAUCAAUUGUUUUGAAGUAUUACUGAUUAUGUUCUAUCCAGACCAGUGUGAGACAGUUACACUUUAUUCGGUCUUCAUCAUUUUCCGUCCUUUUGAGUCAUGAUUUCCUAUAGAGUAGUAAGGCUGUCCUAAAAAAUUGUUUGGUUUGCGGUCACCCUACAAUGUACUCUUUACCUUGACAGGGUAGAUAAGUAGGCAGAAGUUUUUGAUAACUAUUCUGGACUGGGUAGGUUGGAGAACUUUUUAUUUUACAGCUUCAAAGUCAAUUUUAAAGAAGUAUGAGCUUUUUCGGAGGGGGUGUUUCAGUCCAGUUAGAAGGGUGAUGGCAUACAAACAUAUUUUAAAGGACUUGUAAAGGCUGAAACAUAUGUUAUAGGUUUUGCAGAUUUAUCAAAAUCUUUUACAGUUAUUUUAGUAAACAACUUGUCAUUACUAUAACUACUGUCAGUGUCACUGGUGUCAUUGCUUGUGCUUAUGCCAUGUACAUGUAUGUCUAUCGUUUGUAUGCUGUGCCAUCAAGGGUUACAUUCACAAGUCCAUUUGGGGCGUUAAACCAAUUGAUAAAGUUACCUACAAUAACGAUCAUUCAGGAUAGACUAUUGGCUGUGCAUAAUAGGACUUAUAUCUUAUAUUUGAACGAUUAAUUGUUGGUAUGACUUAUGUAUCCUCAGAAUUUGGUAAAAUCAAUAUCUUUUUAGCGCUUUUGCCAGUCAAGUUCGUGUUCUAAAAGUUUCCAAAGUAUAGAAAGAGAAUGUGUGACCUAUUUUCUGUUAGCGUGCUAGUUCUGUAUGCCUUUCAACUGCCUUUUAUCUUCACAGUCAUGAUAGUUUAGGUGUAUCCUAUUGUAUUCAUACUAUUGCAUUGGUGGAUGAAGAAUACUUCUCAUAAUGAAUUUUUGCCAUGACAUUUGUUGUGGAUAGUAGUUAUCUUUAGGUUCUAAACAAAAAGACGCUUAUUUUGAAGUUCCCCAAUGCGUAGUUUCAUCAUUGCUUACAAAGAUGUUUUCAAGAACAUUUGCUGCCAAUCAAAGUGAUAAUGACAAGAUUUAUUGCUUCCAUGCUCAAAGCUUUUCUAUCAUUAUUUAGCUUGUAAUAUGUUUCAUUUAGUUAAUAUAUACCCUGGAGAACAUUACCAGCAAUUCCCAACCUUUUAGCUGCGCAUGCGCCAAACUCCCUUCCAGAGCCAAGCAUACGUUUUCUAUAGCAGAUCGAGGUGAGAGACAUCUCACGGCUUUCUGUGUAACUAAAGCCUAGUUGCCGAUAGCGUAUGUGAUUCUAUGACUAUCAAGGCAUUUGCAGGCCAAAUUUUGAGUUGAUUGGUGAAAAUUUUUCCAUGUCCACCUAUGGGUUGAAAAUACCACGUGAAUUGCAAUUUUUCCUAAUGUAAAUUCUAAGAAAACAUGAAAAUUGGCCGACUUCUGUGGCCUUUUUGAAUCACAUAGAGUUUGCAAAUUUAGUUUGCCGAUAGCUCCUGCAGAAGGCAGCAUCAUACUGAGUAUACUGAAACACAUGCCAUUGGGAAAAUUGAAAAAUUUUCCAUGUCCACAGGGGGGUCCAAAUUGGCGUCCCAAGUGGAUUUGAGGAGAGAAUAUAUGUCCAAACAUCAACAUACAUGAAAAGCUGGACCUCAAGUGAUCUUUGAAGAUAUGAGAAUGACUGCCCUUUGAUAACUUCUUGCUUUAUUUGUCCACUUUAUGGCCUAAG